AUGAAGCAAAAGACGGUGAUCAAGGUGAGCAUGCCGUGCGAUAGGAGCCGGUCCAAAGCCCUGACGCUGGCCGCCCGAGCAGACGGGGUAAUCUCCGUGGAGAUCACCGGCGGCGACAAGGACAAGCUGGAGGUGGUCGGCGACGGCGUCGACACGGUCUGCUUGGUCAGCUGCCUGCGCAGGAAGCUCGGCCACGCCGACAUCCUGCAGGUGGAGGAAGUGAAGCCCGAUGACCCGACGAACAAGGAGUCGCCGGACGGGCCGACGCCGCCGCCCGAGCCAGUACCGCCGCCGCCGCAUCCAGACUACACCUACACGGAUUGCUGCUGCUGCUGCCACCACCACCACCCGCCACCGCCAAUGGUCAUCUGCGAGGAACCAAGCAAUUGCGCCGUCAUGUAA